AUGCACCCACUCUGGAGGCUCCUGGUCUUCCUCCUGAGAUUGCUCGUCUUGCCCUUGGUCCUGCACAAGCAGCCCUUGUCUGGUCUGCUGGUCAAGGCCCACAGGGACAACAAGUCUACCCUGGCAAGAAUUAUUGCACACGGCCUCCUGAAGCACAAUGCCGAGGGCCGAAUCCAGAACAUGUACCUCCUGGAUCAUCUGAAUGUUUCUGGGCAGGCAGCCCCAGGGAUGGUGGGCUGGUUGAUUGGUGGAAUGAACUUCCAACAGCAGCAAGAGAUCAGCAUCAAUAUCACCAAUGUGCAACUGGACUGUGAUGGAAUCCAGAUGGCUUCCCCCAAGGAGUGGUUCUCAGCAAACAUCACACUUGAAUUUGACAUUGAAUUCAGACUACCCUUCAAUGAAAACACCAUCAAGAUGCAUGCACGCAUGGGCCUUGCUGCAGAGUCCUGGCUGGAGAAAGAUGAGUUUGGUCGGAGGGACCUGGUGAUGGGCAGAUGCCACAUGGAGUCUGGCUGUGAGGGUGCAUCCAUGUCCACUGAGGAAAUCUCACCUAAGAUAAAACAUUUCCUCCACAAUCUCAAAGAAAACCUGGGGAAAGUUAUCCCAAACCCAGUGGAAAAUCAGGUAUGUCCUCUGAUUGGUGAGAUUCUCCGGCAGCUGGAUGUGAAGCUGUUGAAAGGACUUGUGGGUGAAAAGGCCAAGCUUUAG